AUGCAUAAUUGCAGAUUUUUUCUGGGGAAAGGAAGGAGACAAAAAGAGUAUCAUUGGGCAUCUUGGGAAUCUCUGAGUUUUCCUUGUGAGGAGGGAGGUAUUGGUGUGAGAAUGUUGUCUGAUAUUUGUACUUUUUUACAAUGCAAACAUUGGUGGUUAUUCAGGACCAAAGAGUCUCUUUGGGGACAGUUCCUUAGAGCUAAAUACUGCAAGGUAUCACAUCCAGCUGCAAGGAAAUGGGACAAUAGGCAAUCUCUUGUGUGGAAAUAUAUGCUAAAAAAUAGGAGCAUGAUAGAAAAGAACAUCAGGUGGAAGAUCAAUUCUGGCAACUGUUCCUUUUGGUGGGAUGAUUGGCUUGGAAUUGGAGCUCUUGGUAAUCUCAUAAAUGGAAUUUCUAGUCAAAACAAUACCAAAGUGCACCACUUCUUGCUUGAAGGAAAAUGGAAUGAAUUUAAGCUCAGACAACAGGUUCCUCCUAGAUUAGUAACACAGAUCCUGAGGAUGGACAUCCAGUUCCAAGCAGCGGUCAAGAAUGAGGCCAUUUGGACACAUAGAGAGGAUGGAAAUUUUUCCUGCUCCUCUGCCUGGGAAAUCUGCAGGGCAAAAAAACAAAAAUCCAAGAUCAACACCCACAUUUGGCAUAUAUACAUUCCUUUCAAGAUCUCUUUUUUGAUGUGGAGAGCUCUUAGAUUCAAAUUGCCUACCAAUGACAAGAUCAUCAACUUUGGUGUGGAACCUGCGAAGUGUUGCUGCUGCAUCAGACAGGGAUGGGACGAUAUUAAUCAUAUCUUCUCAGCAGUGGGGUCUAAGAAUGGUUAUAACAGGCUAGUCCUAGAGGUAGAUUCUGAAUUGGUUACAACAUGGAUCACCACCAAUAACAAGUCUCCUUGGAAGCUGAUGCAGGCAAUGUCUGAUCUUCAAAACCUCACCAGACAGUGUGAAUUUUUUCAGUGCAGACACAUCUACAGAGAAGCCAACUGUACAGCUGACUUCCUUGCUAAAUGGAGCCACAAAUUCAGCAGAAACCAGCACUUCUACACCAGCCAGCAACUUCCUCCAGCAGCAAAAGGAAGUUACGUUUUGGAAAAAAUGGGGAUGACCAAUUUCAGAAGGAAGAAGCUCAAGAGAAUCAAGCAUCCACCUUGA